ACUGUAUAAAACGCGCAAAGUAUUUCACAUUUAUUUUCAAUUGUUUAAAUUUUAAAAAUAUCAUCAACGUUUGCGCGCGCAGAUGAAUGGUAAAAAAUAGAAUUUCAAAAGAAGCUAAUAUUAUGUUAAAUUAAAUUACCUGCCAUUGCUUGGAUUUUAUAUGUAUCUCCAUAUAUAAAUAAUAUUUCAGAAUUAAGUAAGUAGUACAUAAUCACGUUGAAAAUGAAGGGCAGAGGCCGAGGUUUCACGGGUAACCUAUAUUAUCUAGGUAAUUCUAAAAAGUAACUGCAAAAACGAUGUAGCUAUCAAUUAUUCUUGCUUCAUAUAAAAAAGAUACAAGAUAAAACCAUUUGUAAAACUGUUAUUACAUAAAUUAUGAUUGUUGAAUGUACAUACAAUAAUUCAGAUAUAGCCGCCAUUGCAUAACCAAUGUUUUGAUUCUGACUUCAAGUAACAGGCAACUUCAAGUGAAUCAGAAAGUUUUGUUACUUAUAAAGAAAGUGUUUUUUACUCAAAGAAAUUUAAUCUUUUGUUAUUGUUUUGUUAAUAUAUUUAAAUACGUAAUGUCGACGAAAUCCUCCGUCGAUUUACGAGCAGAACUCGCUGAAUUAGUCAAGCGAAAAGCUGAAAUAGCUGAUACUCUUGCCAAUUUAGAACGUCAAAUUUAUGCGUUUGAAGGUAGUUAUUUGGAAGACACUCAAUUAUAUGGUAAUAUAAUACGUGGUUGGGAUAGAUAUUUGGCCAGUAACAAAAAUACCAAUAGUAAAGCAGAUAAACGAAAUAGAAAAUUCAAAGAAGCAGAAAGGCUUUUUUCAAAAUCAUCAAUCACCUCUAUGGCAGCUGUCAGCGGACUGGUCGAAAAUACCCAGGAAAAAAUUGACCGAUACAGCGAAUCGGAGUCACAGAUUGGCAACAGCGGUAGCGAAGACAAUUGCAGCCUUGUUAAUUCUCAUGGAACAACCCAGAAUAGUAGUAGCAGCAAUGGUAAUAAGGAAUCAAGUGGAAAAAACCAUUCUUUAUCUGGCCAGUAUAAUCAGAACGGAUCUCUCACAUCUUCCACCGAGAUUUCUGGACAAUUUGCAAAUGGACAUGCGAGCAACGGUAGUCUCGAGCAUGUCUCCUUGAAAGAGAAUACUGGAAAAGAACCCUCGAAAAACAAAUCUGGGAACAGUGCUAAAAAGAACAGUAACAAGAGAUCAAGGAAUAGGUAGAAUACUCUCAAACUGUUAUCAUCUCUUAACAGACCAUCCGAGCAGGAUUGAACAAAUUUGUUUCUUUCCUUGUGUCUCACUUGACCCUAUCAAUGUAUAAGAUCUUAAUCUUUUCUUUUCUUUUCUUUUCUUUUCUUCUUUCUUUACAAUAAGUGCACUAUGAACAUUGAUUUUCUAUAAAAAAAAAAAAAAAAAA